AUGAAAUUGUCUUCCCCCAAUUUUUAUCUCGUCGCAAUUGCUGCGCCAUCCACGGUGAAGAGGGACGUCGACACCCACUAUCCGUACACCGGGCCCGAGGUGCCUGUUGGUGACUGGGCUGACCCGACGGUCAAGGGCAAUGGGAAGGGCUUCCCGAGGCUCGUUGAGCCACCUGCUGUGAAGCCGAAUAAUGACAGGCCGACGAAUAAUGUCAAUGUUAUUUCGCUGUCUUAUUUGCCCGGGGGCAUCAAUAUCCACUACCAGACGCCGUUUGGCUUGGGUGUUGCUCCGGAGGUCAAUUGGGGCACGGAUCCCGAGCAUUUGAAUAACAAGGCAGUGGGGGUUAGCCACACCUACGAUCGCACACCUCCCUGCUCCGCGGUGGCCGUCACGCAAUGCAGUCAAUUCUUCCACGAGGUUCAGAUCGGGGGCUUGAAGGCAGACACUACAUACUUCUACCGAAUCCCCGCUGCCAAUGGAACAACUGCCUCGGACGUCUUGAGCUUCACCACCGCACGUGCCGCUGGCGACAAGAAGCCAUUCACCGUUGCCGUGCUGAAUGAUAUGGGAUACACCAAUGCCCACGGCACCUUCAAGGAGCUCACCAAGCUGGUGGACGAGGGAGUGGCUUUUGCAUGGCACGGCGGUGACAUCAGCUAUGCGGAUGACUGGUACUCGGGCAUCCUCCCUUGCGAGAGCGACUGGCCUGUUUGCUACAACGGUACCUCGACCGAGCUGCCCGGCGGUGGCCCCGUUCCCCCAGAAUAUGACGUUCCACUCCCAGAUGGCGAGAUCCCCAACCAGGGCGGCCCACAGGGCGGGGACAUGAGUGUGCUGUACGAGUCAAACUGGGAUCUCUGGCAGCAGUGGACCAACGACGUCACACUCAAGGUGCCAUACAUGGUCCUCCCCGGAAACCACGAGGCAUCCUGCGGCGAGUUCGACGGGCCAGGUAACAUUCUGACGGCCUACCUAAACAACGAUGAGCCCGACGCAACGGCCGCAAAAUCAGGGCUCUCAUAUUAUAGCUGUCCCCCAAGCCAAAGGAACUUCACGGCCUAUCAACACCGUUUCUACAUGCCAGGUAAGGAGUCCGGCGGAGUGGGCAACUUCUGGUACUCCUUGGAUUAUGGUCUAGCCCAUUUCGUUUCCAUCGAUGGUGAGACCGACUUCCCCAACAGCCCAGAGUGGCCCUUCGCCCGAGACAUUAAGAAUGGCGAGACAACCCCGACACCGGACCAGACCUUCAUCACGGAUAGCGGCCCCUUCGGAGCUGUCGACGGCAGCUACAGCGACAACAAGGCAUACGAGCAGUAUAGGUGGUUGGCCAAAGAUCUAGCCUCCGUGGACCGGAACAAGACGCCCUGGGUGAUCGUCAUGAGCCAUCGACCCAUGUACAGCUCCGAGGUGUCGAGUUAUCAGAAGAAUCUGCGGGCGGCGUUUGAGGAUUUGCUGCUGCAGAAUGGGGUGGACAUGUAUUUGUCUGGGCACAUCCAUUGGUAUGAGCGGUUGUUUCCCCUUGGUGCCAACAGCACCAUCGACAAGUCGUCAAUUAUCAACUAUGACACGUAUUACACCAACCCUGGCAAGUCGAUGACGCACAUUAUCAAUGGGAUGGCGGGCAAUAUCGAGAGCCACAGCACGCUGUCUGGGUCGGAGAGCAUAUUGAACAUCACUGCUGUUCUGGACCAGGAGCAUUACGGGUUUAGCAAGCUGACUGUCGUGGACGAGAAGACCCUGAAGUGGGCCUUCGUUCGCGGGAAUGAUGGUGUCAUUGGCGAUGAGCUCACGUUGAUCAAGCGGAAGCCUGAGUGCUCGAAGCGGAGGGUGAAGCGGGAUGAGUAA